GACCGUACGUCGUGUUUAAUUAUUUAUUGUUGCAUUUUUUUAACAGAAUCACUUAUAAUUUAGUUUAAUAAUGUUUAUACUAAUUAAAAUGUAUGUUAGUUAUACAUUUCUGGUAGUAAUUAAUCACUAAAUAUCACAUUAAUCGAUCGAUUAGAUAAUUGUUCUAAAUUUGAAAUUUUUAGACCUGUCUUAAAUCUACGUACCUACAUCAUUUUAAAGAAGUCCCCAUUCAAUCGAUUGAUUCUAUUUUUAAAUUUUGACAUUACCUGUUGUUGACUACAUGUUUUGGCGCCAUUUUGAAUUUUAAACAUGGCGGAAUUGUCUGACGAGCACAGCGAUAGAAACGAUCAAAGUGACGGAGCAAACUUCAAAAAAGCUGUUCAAACCCGCGACCUGAUAGCCAUGGUGAAACGCCAUGGUUGUCUAUGGGAUCGAAGACACGAGAGCUACCGGAACAAAUUCGUCAAGAGUAAAGCUUGGAAAGAUAUAUACCGGGAAAUCGAACCUGCGUAUAACUCAUUGAGUGCUACAAUGCGACACCAAAUAGGUGUUUAUAUAACAAAAAAAUGGUACAACGUUCGAGAUUCAUACGUAAAAUCGAAGAGAUCACGGAACUCUCGACCUUAUAUCUACACAGAUGACAUGACAUUCCUAGAUGCUGUUAUAAAGAGUGACGAGCAGAGAGAAUGCACCACUGGAAACGAGAGCGAAGAAGGUGAUAACUGGAUGAGUGAAGUGUUUAUAGACGUUGAUGAGGGUAAAGAGGAAAUACCCAGCAAAAGACCUAAAUAUGACGUGUUAAAUUUAGCCAAAGAAGAUCAAACAGUGCUGGAUGAAAGCUUGAACGAUAGCAAUAUGGUUACCUUCCUAGCCAAUCUGAUACACAAAGAAGAAGAUGAAGAUAGAGCGUUCUUCAAAUCAAUCACUCCAGCAGUUAAAACUCUGUCUCAAGAUGCUAAAUUAGAGUUUAGGAUAAUGGUCAUGAAAAUUCUGAAAGGUUUAAAAAAGAAGCAGGGACUUGUUAAAAGGGAACCUUCUACAUAUAGUGAUAGUGAAUAA